AUGCAGACGCCGUACGGUGCUCCGCCUGGCCAAGUGCCUGCCGCACAGCCAAAGAGAUACGAUGGGAAGAAUGGCACGCCAUUGUACGAUCAGAGCCAUGGUGGGCAUUACGGAGCCAGUGCUGCUAUUGCGGCUCAGGGUCAUGCGCCUCCACCAGAGACGUUCACUGGUCAUUGGCAGAAUGUGUCGCAAGGUCUGAGCGGUCCAUAUCGGGACAUCCUCAACACGUAUUGGCAGAACCAGGUGACCCGGCUGGAGACGGACGACCACGACUACAAGCUGCAUCAAUUGCCUCUCGCCCGGAUCAAGAAGGUCAUGAAGGCAGAUCCAGAGGUGAAGAUGAUAAGUGCUGAAGCACCGAUUCUGUUUGCCAAGGGCUGCGACAUCUUCAUCACGGAGCUGACGAUGCGUGCAUGGAUCCAUGCUGAGGAGAAUAAGCGCCGCACCCUGCAGAGAUCUGACAUUGCUUCGGCCCUGGCAAAGAGCGACAUGUUCGACUUCCUCAUCGACAUUGUCCCUCGCGAGGAUGCGACUCCACAGCACAAGAGGCGUCCAGAGUACACUCCAGUCGGCACGUACACUGUUCCCGAUCCGGCGCAGGGUGGCUCUGGACAGAUUCAAGAACAGCCUCCAAUGGGCGGCGAGUUCGGUGGCGUGGACCAACAGCACAUGCCGCAGUACCAGCAGCAGAUGGGUGCUUACCCGCCACCACAACAGCAACCACAGUACGGAGGCGGACAGAUGUUCGAUCCUAACAUGUACGCACAGCAAGGCGCGUAUCCAAUGGGUCAGAUGCAGGGAAUGCCACAGCAGACCAUGUACCCACCCCCACAACCGGGUCAUCCACAGAUGGGCCAGCCGUACCGGCAAGAUCCCCAGAGUGGUGGCGUGGAGGAUCAGGACGCAGACGUCGUCGCAGGUGCCUCCGGCGGUAUCGGCCAGCCGCUGUCUCUGCUCCUCAAGGCGAGCCCGCUCGUCGACCACCUCUCGCUCUACGAUGUCGUGAACACCCCAGGUGUCACGGCCGACUUGUCGCACAUCUCCUCCAUCGCUCAGAUCGAUGGCUACCUCCCAGCGGACAACGGCAUGGCCAAGGCCUUCAAGAAUGCCGACAUUGUCAUCAUCCCAGCUGGUAUUCCACGCAAGCCUGGCAUGACCCGUGACGACCUGUUCAAGAUCAACGCCGGCAUCGUUCAGGGUCUCAUCGAGGGUAUCGCGGACAACGCUCCAGAUGCCUUCAUCCUGGUCAUCUCGAACCCAGUCAACAGCACUGUCCCCAUUGCCGCCGAAGUCCUCAAGAAGAAGGGCAAGUUCAACCCAAAGAAGCUCUUCGGUGUCACCACUCUCGACGUUGUCCGCGCGGAGACCUUCGUUCAGCAACUCACCGGCACCAAGGACCCAUCCAAGACCCGCAUCCCAGUCAUUGGCGGUCACUCUGGCGAGACCAUUGUCCCUCUCUUCUCCAAGGCCGAGCCCUCGGUCAACAUUCCCGCCGACAAGCUCGAUGCUCUCACCAACCGUGUGCAAUUCGGUGGUGACGAGGUCGUGAAGGCCAAGGAUGGUGCGGGAUCGGCCACUCUCUCGAUGGCCUACGCUGGCUUCCGCUUCGCGGAGCAAGUCAUCAAGGCCGCCAGAGGCGAGACCGGAAUCGUCGAGCCAACCUUCGUCUACCUGCCAGGCGUUACCGGCGGUGACGAGAUCGCUAAGGAGACUGGUCUCGAGUACUUCUCUGUCCCAGUCGAGCUCGGCAAGGAUGGUGCCCAGAAGGCGCACAACAUCGUCAAGGAGGCCAACGACUACGAGAAGAAGCUUCUCCAGAAGGCCUACGAGGGUCUCAAGGGCAACAUCGAGAAGGGUGUCGAGUUUGUCCACAACCCACCAAAGAAGGAGUGA